AUGUCUUCGCCAACUCUUCCAAAUCAAUUUCUUAACAAAGGAUUUGUUGAAAUAUCUGCAACAGGCUGUGAUGAGUAUAUGGCUUUAAAGGGAAUGCCAUGGCUUGUUAGAAAAUUUGUAUGCCGUACUUUAACAAAAGGAUAUAUUAAAAUUACAACUGAGGAAGUUGAAGGUGUAUAUAAAAUAGAGUUAGGCCUUACUAAAAAUCGUAAUUCAUAUACCUUCCGCCUUAAUGAAGCUUUUGAGGAUAUUGGAUAUGAUAUGAAAAAACAUAAAAUUAUAUUCACAUAUGAAAAUGACAAAAUUAUUGAAAGACACACUCAUUUAGAAGGAGAUCGUGUUGGUUCCAGUGAUGAUAUUUUUUACUGGUAUUUUGAUAAAGAUGGAAAAAUGACAUCUGAAUGUUCUUUUGAAAAGGAUGGUACCACAAAAACAUGGAUUAGAAAAUUUCAACAAGAAUAA